CGAGGAAGAACCAGCAUUCAUGCUCCCACGAGGAGCCCCACUCGCCACACCACACUAAUCAGGCCAUAUGGCAUUCAGCAUCUCACACAAUCAGAACAAUCAGAAUAGAAUGGGCAGCUCAGUUGCCGCGACAGAGCUGCGACAGGUGUGUGUGUAUGUAUGUGUGUAGAGGAGAGGAUAGAAUGUCGGGAAAACUAUGCGGAGGAGCGUGGCGUGACAGAGAGGAUAGAGAGAGUGAAGAGUGAGAGCCGAGAACUUACAGACAGACAGACAGACAGACAGCACUAGAAGCAAAAGAGCACACUCAGAUAAUAACCAAAUUAUGCCUACUACCCUAAUGGGAUUGCGAUAUUCAUCAGCCGUGGACGGUAGGCGUCCCUCCCCGCGUGCCUCCUUUGCAGCACACGGACACGACACGCAACCACCACACCGCAUCGCAUCCUCACCUAUAUCACAAAAGUACAGCAAAACCCCCUAGCUUGUGGAUACGCGCACGCGCACGCACACGCACACGCACAGAUGUGAGUGUAUGCACAGACAAAUUCUAGAGCCACAAGGGGGUAGAAGAUGCUCGUCUUGACUAACUUGAAGAAGACUUGGUCAACUACUCAACUUGAAUCCAACCACUGUCUGGCUCCACUGCAAGCCACAACAGACAUACACACAUGCACAUGGCCUCCCCCUUCUAGAUACCCCUCCCUCCCCCACUGUGUGGUUCCCACUGCUUACCGAGGUUGCAUCUGAUCUCUCCUGGCAUGUUCUCGAGGGUGUGAAUGUUGACAUAUACCUGCUCGGCCGCGAUUGCCGCAAUCAAAGCCGACAGCUCCUCUCCCUCGAGAGCAUUGACGAGGUCAUCGCCGUCGAAUAUUCCAUCUGCCGGCAAAGCAAAUGCACCCGUCCGUCCAUCGCGCGCCCACACGCGCACACACGCUCACACGUACCUCUCACGACCACGCCAUUCAGGAUAACCGGCUCUCCGGGCUUCAGUGGCGCAUUGCCCGAGUUGGGAACUCCGGUGAGGCCGACAUCCGACAGGGCACCAUCGAAGUUGCGGAAGUUCAGAGGCAGGAUGAAGCCCACAACGUCGCCGGUGCACGGAGCACUGCUGUCAUCGGCGCCGGCCGCUGUGGGUGUGCCGGUGAGUUCGCCCUCAGUGCAAAGGUGGAAGUGAACGCCAAUCACAUCCACGAUGUCAUUGAGAAUCUGCAAGCAACACAAGGAGAGGCCGGUCAGGCGCGUCUCAGUGCAUCGUCGGCACGUACGCACCAGGUCGAGUAUAAGCUCCUUGCCCGUGAAGACGAAGCGGAAGAGGCCCGUGGCAUUGGUCUCGCUCGGGAUGGGCUGCUCGAACUCCGGAAGGCAUUCAAACUCGAAGGGAACAUUGAUCUUGCUUGGAGGGUCCUGCUCCUGGACGCCGGACUUCGCCGCCAGCUGAUCCUUGACGUCUUUCUCCGGGGCCAGCCACUGGAGGGGGAAGGGCAGGUCUGGCUUCUCUCCUGCCGUCGCCACACAUGCUGAUGAGAGGGCGAUGAGAACGGCGACGCACAGACGCUCCAUGGGCCUCUCGUGUGCGGAAGGGAAAAGUACGAGAGAGAGAGAGAGAUGUCGUUU